UUGGCCAAGCAGAUUUGAAUGGAGUUGGGGGAUUUUGGGUUAGUCGGUGUGCCACAUUGUUGUUUUUAUGGGCGAUGGGUGUAUGAUGAAAGCGAUUCAAGGAGAUUAUUUAGAAUAAACAGGUUAACCACAGCAUUAUCUGUGUUUCUCGAAAAUGAAGCAGCAAAAUUUUCCAAGGAAAUAGCUCCCGAGCCGGAAAUUCUAAUCUAGAAUCAAACAGUGAAUUACCAUGAAGUAGUGAUGCGAGAAAACAAUCUCCAAAUGCCUCCAUUUCCCCGAGAAUACUCCCCGGACUUCUGGUCCUUUGACCCAGAAGAUUCCGUGGAAUUGACUUGUCUCAUGCCUAACGGGAUUGUGAUUCUCCUCAAAGUAUCCUACAAUGCCACCCUACUGGACAUCAAAGCGGACUUGUGGGAGGAGGCCCCCAAGUACCCGCUCCAUGGCAAGCUCCACGACAUGUCCUCGUAUGUCUUCACCUGCAUUAAUAGCAUGGCAGAGCGGGAGGAGCUGCAUGACGAGACGAGGAGAAUCUGCGAUGUUAAACCUACUUGCGCUGUACUGAAAAUUGAGUGCCUUGGGAAUGAACCAGAUAACAAGAUCAAUGUCCAGAUCGGGCAUUUGAUAGGGAGGAGUGUUAAAGAAUUUGACGAGUUGAAUAAUCCCGAGAUUAACGAUUUCCGUUUUCAAAUGCGGAAAUUGGGCGAUGAUAUUACGCAGAAACGCUUGAAAUAUACGUGGCUUGAAAAGUUGUAUUAUCAGUUUCCGCCGCGACUGUGUCCCAAAAGCAAAAUCUUUCCGGAAACGCUUGACCAAAAAAAGAAUAUUAAAAUUACUACACGAUUUGAAGAUAAUGAGAAUUCUUUUACGUUCAAUGUCUCUCCUUACAUUUACCCAAACAAAUUAUUGGAAAUGAUUCUCGCGAAAAGGUCCAACGUUUUGAAAAUCAGAUACGACCGUUGUAACGAUUAUGUAUUAAAAGUGUGUGGCCAGGACGAGUAUUUAGUAGGAGAUCACCAACUCAUUCAAUUCCAAUACAUCCAAGACUCUUUAUCUACAGACGUAACUCCUAUUGUGGUCACAGUGAGAGUUAACAAAGUCCCAGUCACUCCUGAUAAUCCCUACGAAUCGUUGGAUAAUUUCGACCACAGGAGAAUGCGGUCGACUUAUUCAACAUUAACAUGGCGUAAAAGAGCCCACAAGUCGGCUUGGGAUAUUCAGAGGAAGUUUAGUGUGACUUUGAACGCAGUCAGCGGAUUGAAUUGUGAUAUGAGGAAAACAAAUGAGAUUGGCAUUCAGGUGGGAUUGUUUCAUGGGGGAAAGUCGCUUUGCGAAAGACUUAAAGCUUCCAUCCAACCAAUAAACGAAAAGAAUGAAAGUUUUUUUCGUGAGACUUUAGUUUUUGAUAUCUUAGUGUGCAAUAUACCCAGAAAUGCGAAAUUGUGUUUUUGCAUUUAUGAAGUUCCUAAAUCUAGUAAGUUAGUUAGAACGAAAAAAGGCAAAGAAUAUGGAAAUAAUAAGGAGUCUAUUACUCCUAUAGCUUGGGCUAAUACGACCGUUUACGAUUUUAAAAACCAGCUGAGAAAUGGCGCAAUGACACUUUACAUGUGGACUUUUGCCAACGAUUUGAUGUGUGAGGAUAUAUUUAAUGCUUUAGGGAAUGUUGUUAAUAAUCCGAAUAAAAGUGCAACGGCCUUAACACUACAUCUUAAUAGUUUCGCCGAGGAUCAAACGAUUUAUUAUCCAACGACGGAAGCAAUGAUUAAUUUUGCUCAGGAAAACAAAAGCAAAUAUAUUAGUAACAGUAUUGAAUACAAUCCGACGAACAUCGAACAUUGUCAGAAAAUUCUUACCGAAAAUGACAAUUUGUUUGAGGUUCAUGAACAGGAUCGAAAAAAUAUCUGGCUGUUGAAAGACUAUUGGAAAAAACAAAAUCCGGAAGUCCUUCCUAAGCUGUUAUCUUCGAUUGACUGGGAUACUCGUGAAGUGGUGAGCGAUGUAGCUGCACUAUUAAAAGACUGGCCUAAGCUUCCGCCUGAGAAAGCAUUAGAAUUAUUAGAUUAUGCAUAUCCUGAUCAGAGAGUUCGGAGUUUUGCAGUUGAAUGUCUGGACGAUGUCAGUGACGAGGACUUACUUCUUUAUCUCUUACAAUUAGUACAAGCAAUCAAACACGAAAUGUAUCUAGAAUGUGAUUUAGUAAAAUUUCUAAUAAAACGAGCGCUAAAUAAUCAAAAGAUCGGUCACUACUUAUUCUGGCAUCUCAAAUCCGAGCUGCAAGUCCCAUCUGUAUCGGUCCGGUUCGGACUUAUUCUGGAAGCCUAUUGCAGAGGGAGUCAGGAACACAUGCCUGUGUUGUUAAAACAGUUAGAAUUUCUCGAUAAGUUGAAGAACAGUCGAGAACACGUCAAGAACAAAAGCAAGGAAAAGGCUAAAUCAAAUCUCAAAGAUUACUUAACAGAGUGCCACAUUGACGAGACCGUGCAAAACAUUAGGAGCCCGCUGGACCCCAGUUUCCGGUGCUCUAAAAUAAAAUUAGACAGAUGUAGGAUUAUGGAUAGCAAAAUGCGGCCGUUGUGGAUCGUUCUCCAGAAUUACGAUCCGUUCGGAGACGAUGUUUACAUUAUUUUCAAAGACGGCGACGACUUGAGACAAGAUAUGCUCACGUUGCAGAUGUUGAAGAUUAUGGAUAGAUUGUGGAAGAGCGAAGGGUUGGAUUUAAGAUUGAGUCCGUACAAUUGCAUAUCGUUAGGAGAUAGGGCCGGUAUGAUUGAAGUAGUGCUCAACGCGGAGACCAUUGCCAACAUCCAGAAGGACAAGGGCGUGUUUUCGGCCACUUCGGCCUUCCGCAAGGGCUCGAUUUUGGCUUGGUUGAGAGACCACAACCCGACGGAGUCAGCUCUCAACAAGGCCAUCAACGAGUUCACCCUUUCGUGUGCCGGCUAUUGCGUCGCGACGUACGUCUUGGGCGUCGCGGAUCGCCAUUCUGACAAUAUAAUGGUCAAAAAAUCAGGUCAACUGUUUCACAUCGACUUUGGCCACAUUUUGGGCCAUUUUAAGGAGAAAUUUGGGAUAAAACGGGAAAGAGUCCCGUUUGUGUUGACCCACGACUUUGAAUAUGUCAUAAACAAGGGGCAGAAGACGACGCUUGAGUUUAAAAUUUUUCAGGAGUAUUGUGAGAAGGCUUUUGUCAUUUUGCGAAAACAUGGGAGUUUGAUUUUGUCGCUGUGUGCGAUGAUGAUUUCGACCGGUUUGCCCGAGUUGAGUUCGGAGAAGGACUUGAAUUACAUCAGAGACACUUUGGCCCUGUCGAAGUCGGAGGAGGAGGCGCUAAACCACUUUAGGAAUAAAUUCGACGAAGCUUUGUCGAACUCGUGGAAGACUUCGUUGAAUUGGGCGUCGCAUAACUUAGCGAAGAAUAAUAAAGCAUGAGCUAACGAUUUUGUUGCCAAUCAAAGUGCCAAUAUAAUUUAGUAAUAUCACUAGUGAAUUAAUCAAAUUUUGUACAUAUUGUUGUCGAUUUAGUUGUGGAAUUUUCUAUCUGGAGCAAUUUUUUAAAUUAGGUCAAGGAUAUCAGGGAAAUGGAAUUUCCGAAAUUUAGUACCUAAAGAGCGAAUAUUUUCAUUGAGUUUAGGGUUAGACUUGACGACCAUGACAAUAGUCGUACCUUUUGCUUAGUUUGAUAUUUCUAGUUAAAAUUCGGUUCUCACAACAACGUUAAUGCCACGCAAUGCAAUUUCUUUUAAGUCGUACUGAUGCGAGUACUAAAAAUGUUUUUUUUUAUAAUUUUAAUUAGGUCUUAGCUACAACACGCGUGAUUUGGGUUUUACAAAAGGCACGCGCAAGGUGCACAUUUAUGAUUUAUUUAUUACGUAACUAUUCGUCUUGAUCUUGGGAACUUAUAUAUUUUACGGUUUUAUCGUUUCUGUUCAUUUAAAAUGUUGUGUGAGGUACACAUUAAAAUAUUUGAAUCCCAAGAGAAAAGGAGAAUAGCAGCCAUUAGACAAAAUGAAUGUUUCUAAUAUUAUUUGUAUUACGCUGAUUUAUGUACAAAUAUUUAAGUUUCAUUAUAUGUAAACUAUAUACAAUAAAAUGUGUCUUUAUUUA